AUGAAUCUUCUACUUUUUCUAUUUUGUCCAGCGAUAGUUUUUGCUUUGACACCAACUCAAUAUUUGAUCAAACUUGAACCCAAUUUUACAGAGUAGGACUACCCAAAAAAUUUCAAUUUUAUCUCUUAAUGUUUUAGCUCUUCGUAUGAAGCAGAAGUUCAAAUUCACGUCAAAUUAACUGAAGAACUCAAAGAGUUCCAAUUAAAUCUUCCAAAAAAUGCAGAUAUCGCAACGAUUUACUUCUUCGAAGCAUCAAAUGUAUUCAGAGGAAAUCCAGAUUGUAAGAUUUUUAGUUGAAAACAAUUCUGAAAUGACAUAUGAAUUUUCAGUCAUUGGGCAGCCAACUAAUUAUGAGAUCAAUAAAAAUGCAGAGACUACCAAUGUAAAACUUCGUAGCCCAGUUGAACUGAGAGAUGUGAAAGAAGGAGCAUAUGUGAAAGUUGUAUAUUUGGGAAAGAUUAGUAAUCAAACUUCACAAAUUUAUUUCAAAGAUGCUCACACAAUUGAAGUCAACCAGAAGGUAAUAAUUGUAGUCAACCAGAAAGCCUUCCCUCAUUCUAAAAAAUUUCAUUUCAGUCUGGUCGAUUCUUCCCGUCUCUUACCAACGAUGAACCUGCAAAAGUCAAACUGACAGUGAUCACUGAUUAUCGGGCUGGAGUUGAACCUGAGAACGGAUUUGUGGCGGGAGAUCAUUAUGGAUACAAAGAUAACAAAUUUGCAAAUGUUUUUGAUUCCACCAAAAAUCUAAAAACAUCCCAAAUUGCUUUCAAAGUCAAAGCACCCACUCUUUUGGUCUUGAAUUCAAACUGA